UGGCUUCUUGCAAAGGAUCUUCCUGCUUGGGGCGUGUGACACUUGCAUGCAAAAUGACCUGAGGCAUUUAAAGAGUGGUCUCCUUCUCAGCCCCGGAUCUGGCCCUCUUUGCCUCAAGAAGGAAAUUGCUAGCAGAGCAAGGAGGUCCUUCAAAUCUUGUUGAGGUUGAGUCAGAAAUAGAGAUCAAAGAUGGACAAACAAGACUCAGCUGACCCCAAGGCAAAGACUGCCUUGCAUCUCACCCAAGCUGGGAGCAGUGGGACAACCGUGGAGGUAAAAGGGACCAGCUUAGAUACCCAUCAGCUGCACUUCAGGGAGGUUUGCUACCAGCGGGCUGAGGGCCCCCGGCAAAUUUGCAGCCAUCUCCACAACCUUUGCCAUCAGUGGCUGAAGCCAGAAAGGCACACAAAAUCUCAAAUGCUGGACCUGGUGAUCCUCGAGCAGUUCCUGACUGUCCUGCCCCCAGACAUGGAGAAGUGGGUCAGGGAAUGUGGAGCAGACACAACUUCUCAGGCAGUGGCCCUGGCAGAAGGUUUCCUCCUGAACCAGGCAGAGGAGCAAAAGGAUCUGCAGAUGAGAAUGUUACGGUGCUGUGGAGCCAAUAAUGUGCAGAAGUGACUCCUGGAGGUGGCUUCUGAUUUUUCUGGGACAAAGAAGGACUUCUGGGACAUCAGGCAGAGCCCUCUGUCCAGAAGCAACAUGCAGGACAACAAUGGAGAUGCCCCUUCCCUGGGUAAGGAAUUAUAGUACAGUAAGACUCCCAAC